UCUAUGUGCCCAUUGAUUUAGAGACCACAGCGGUAACCAUUAGCAGAUUUCUGCUGACGAGAUGCAGCCGGUAAUGAAGUUAUUGCUGAGCCUCCUAGCCUUCGGUACGCUCUUUCUCUCCUCUCGCUCCGCUCCUCGGACGUGCUACUCGAGGGUCUUAAACCUCAGCAGAGAAAUCACUGAAACUUUUCAAACAUUACAGAAAAUUGUCCCCUCGGGACCAUGCAUGGACCUCCUGCCCGCUCUUUACCUGGAUAUACACAAUUCUUGCGUGAUGACAAGGUUACGAGAUUUUAUUUCAACCCCACAGUGUGGCAAAUAUCCCAGGGUAACAGCAUUAAAGAAGAAAGUUAGGAACUUGUAUAUCAUCAUGAACUCGGUCUGCAAAAGGGACUUGCUUUUCUUUACAGACGACUGUGAUGCUCUAGACGGAUUUCCGUCAUCACCUACUCCAACCACUGUUGUUUCAGGAUAAGGUAAAUCUUUACCCGAGGAAGUAUGCCUGUACAUCCGCGAAAGCCAGAAGCAGACCUUGUCCGGCGAAAUGCUACUGUGCUUCUUUAUCAGGACAGCAAAUUAUAUGGAAUAAUUCAUAUCGUUAUCCCUAGCAAAUGUAACAAUUCCCUAGUUUCCUAUGAAACAAUUAAUCAUGUGACCAUUUCUAUGACUGUAACUAUCCAUUUCAAUGUACGGAAUAGGAUGGCGCUAUAUAAAACAAUAAAUAAUAAUAAUAAAUAAUCCUAUAUUCUCUGAUACAGCAAAAUGUAUUCUAUAACAGAACUUAUUAACGCCUAUACAUUGCUAGAGAGAAAAUCAAUGCAUUAUGCGAUUCAUUAAUAAAUAUGUUAACAAGGAAAACUAGGCAAGAUCAUGGGUACAAUAACUGAAACUGGGAAUACAAGACGCAGAUGUGGUAAAGAAAUAUAUAAUUAAGGGGUGUAUUUAUAUAAGUCUAUACUGAAUAACACAGUAUAAAAUAUAUAUUGUAUGCAAUUUUUAUACAUAUAUUCCUUUUUGUACUGUUAAUAAAUAUUUUUCAGAGAAUGAUAAA